CGCCGGUGCCCAAAAACCAGCCGGCACGGGGAAGCCAGAGCCGCAUUGGCCGCCCAAGGACCCACAUCGAUCGCAGCGUAGGCCUAUACGCCUUCGCAGCGGCUGCAAGCUGGUACAAGGCACCCCAGUGGCUGAGCUCGUUCUCGCAAGGCGUCCUUGCGAGCUUCGGCUGGUUUUGCGAGCCCCAUCGACGGACGCCAAACAAUCGUAGGGGCGCAAAAGAUAGGCUCGCAGAACGAUGCCGCGCAAAAAGGCGAAGCCCACGCGCAUCGUAAAGCUCGACUACGGCUCAGCCCACACGGAGAAGGCGCGCUACGCUAGUAGGGAGGAUCGCCACUUCGCGUCUGAGAUCGGAAGCGCCGACGACUUCCACGACGGUGCGUUUUACCUCGUGGGCGUCAUCGAUGGCCAUCGGGGCGCGGCGUGCGCCGAGGAAGUAGCGCGUUUCCUGCCGUCGGUGAUCGGCGGCGGGUCGUCGUUCCAGGACGCAUUCGCCCGCAUGGACCGCGUAGUAAGGGAUGAGCGCUCCGGCGCGUGCUGCUGCGUGGCCACCGUCAAGGGCGUGCUGCUGGAAGACGCGCAGCCGACGCUGGACGUCGCGUGGCUGGGCGACUGCCGGGCGUUCGUGGCGCGCCGAAGCGGCGGCGUCGAGCGCCUGACGACGGACCACGCUCCAGACAAGGAGCGCGAGCGCAUCGAAGCGGCCGGCGGCAUGUUAGUUGAUGACGACGGCUGUGUCCGAGUCGGCGUGAGACCCGACGACGACGACGACGCAACGACCGUCGACCUGCUCGCCGCCUGCCGGGCCUUCGGCGACGCCGACUUCAAGCGGCCCAAGCCCGUGGUCGUCGCGACGCCGGACGUGAGGACGAUGCAGUUAGACUCGGACUGCGAGUUCAUCGUGCUGUGCACGGACGGCUGCUACGAGGGCUUGCCGACCGACGAGCGUGUUCUAGAAGCGGUAAAGGCGGGCAUCGCCGACGACGAGUCCGGGCAAGCGGCGGCGGCGGGCGCGCGAGCGGUCGUCGACGCGGCCGUCGCGGGCGGCGCUACGGAUGACGUGACGUGUGUGGUGUUGCGGACCGUGCUCGAGUAAAUGUGUCCUGUGCUUGUGUGGUGUGUCGCUCGCGUACCCUUCCGAGGCCAAGUGGCUCUAAGGUAUUUAGUUUUUUUGCGAGACCAUACCUGA